GCUGCGCCCCCCACUAUCGGAUGGGAUGUGGCUGGGUUUCGAGGCGGGGGGCGAUGGACCCCAGCGUGGCAGCUCCCCCCGAGAGGUACCACGGCGAUCCCUUGAGCCGCCGCGACCUCCCCCUAGGACGAUGAAGCUGCCACCCCCCUCCUGCUGCCGGCUGCAGACCCUGGGGGCUGCCCUGGGUGUCUGCGCCACCAUCGGCUUCACCCUGCAGCUCCUGGGGGGGCCCUUCCAGCGCAGGCUCCCCAGUCACAUCUGCAGAGUCCCCACGGCCCCCGCCGAGCCCCCCCUGCCCCCGUGCCAGCCCCGCACCCACCUGGUGUUCCUCAAGACCCACAAGACAGGGGGCAGCAGCCUGGUGAACAUCCUGCACCGCUUCGGGGAGGCGCGGGGGCUGCGCUUCGCCCUGCCCCACCGCUACCAGUUCGGCUACCCCCAGCCCUUCCGUGCCCAGUGGGUCAAGGGGUACCGCCCGGGGGGCCCCCCCUUCGACAUCAUCUGCCACCACAUGCGCUUCAACCUCACCGAGGUGCAGAAGGUGAUGCCCAACGACAGCUUCUACUUCUCCAUCGUGCGGGACCCCGGCACGCUGGCCGAGUCGGCCUUCGCCUACUACCGCGCCGUGGCGCCGGCCUUCCGCCGGGCGCCGUCCCUGGCAGCCUUCCUGGCGGCCCCCGGCCGCUUCUUCGAGCCCGGGGCGCGGGGCAACCACUACGCGCGCAACCUGCAGUGGUUCGACUUCGGGCUGCCGGCGGCGGGCGGCGCGGGCGAGGUGCGGGCGGCGCUGGCGCGGCUGGAGCGGCGCUUCGGGCUGGUGCUGCUGGCCGAGCACUUCGACGAGUCGCUGGUGCUGCUGCGCCGCGCGCUCUGCUGGCCCGAGGAGGCCGUCGUGGCCUUCGCGCACAACCGGCGCCCGCCCGGCGACGCCCCCCGCGUGUCGCCUGCGCAGGCCGCGCGCCUGCGCGCCUGGAACGGCCUCGACUGGGCGCUCUACGCCCACCUCAACCGCUCCUUCUGGCGCCGGGCCGAGGCCUUCGGGGCCGCCCGCCUGCGGGACGAGGUCGCCCGCCUGCGCCAGCGCCGCGACGCCAUGGCCCGGCGCUGCCUGCAGGGCGGGGGCCCCCUGCCCGCCCGCGCCAUCGCCGACGGCCGCCUGCGGCCCUUCCAGCCCCCGGGGCGGGCGCAGAUCCUGGGCUACGCGCUGCGGGCCGGCCUGGCCCCCGCCGAGCGCGAGCUCUGCGCCCGCCUCGCCACCCCCGAGCUGCAGUACAAGGACAUCCUGGACCGGCGGCAGUUCGGGGCGGGGGCCAACGCCUCCGGCCCGCCCGGCGGGUAGCCCGGCGGCGG